AUGGUCAUUGGAAAUAUCUCUGUCAUCGUCGUAAUAUUUAUAACUUUAUUACUCAACACUUGCAAAGCUAUGAAGGAAAAUUCAUUUAAAACCACCAUCACACGGCGACGUGAUCUAGCCAAUUUAACUCUCUUCAACUUCACUGAUUAUAACACCAAUGCAUUUGAAAAUUGGAUUGAGGUAUCAGAUGCCACUGUAAUUGGAGGGCGAUCUAAGGCUACACUCGUACGACUUAAAGGACAUAAUUACCAAUCAGCGAUUUUCUUUUAUCUUCUCACUCCACGAGAAAAUGAAUCAAGUUUUGCUGGAGUUCAUUGGAUAGUGGCUGAUGAUGUUUUGCCAGCUUUUGACGGUGUAAUCAUUGACCUACAUAGACAGGGUCCACAUUCUCAUUUCAGAUUGUUCUAUGGUGAAUUUUCAGAUACAAGCAAUUGUGCAUCAUACGAAUCAGUAGUCGAGACGUCUGGAGAACGAGAACAAUCAUGUUCUGAAAGUUAUGAUGAUCUUUCAGGUUUUAAAUCAUCUUGUAAAUGA